AGUUUAAAUCGAGGCGGCCAUUUUGGAUAAAGAAGUUGUGCUGUCGGUACGGAAGGAAAGGAUACCUUCAAUUUUUCUUGGAUUUUGGGCUGUAUCAGCGGAGUUUUUAUAAUUAUACAGGAAUACAGUCAGCAGCACCAAAAUGCCACGCAAGAGGAAAACAAGGCAGACAACGCGAGCCAAACCUAAGCUACCAGAAGGCAACGAAGGCCACGAUAUGGACCAAGAGGAAAAGGAACGCAAAAAGGAGCUUUUCCUCCAGGACUUUGAUGUUGAAGUGGAGUCUAAGAUCAAGCAGUCGUACGAGCUGUGUGAGAAGAUCUGUAACUUAGGCAGACAACAGUUCAGACUGGAGGUCAUGAAACUCCCCAAGAAAAUCCAGAACAUGACCAUGGCUGAAUUCUUGGCCCAGGGUGGAAGUAUUGAGGCCAUACAACUCCAGUCGGUGACAGACACAGAUGCUAAGGAAUGCACAUCGGCGGAAAAGACAAGGAUGCCACUGGCUGCAGUAAGCAACAAUAUAGCACCAACAGAAACUGUUGAGGAAGAUGAACAGGAAAGUAAACCUAAAGGAAGGCCACCCAAGAGAAAGACUACCAAGAAGAAGGACACUGCCCCUCCACCCACAAAAAGGAUGACCAGGUCUUCAGCCAGGACUCAGGGUGGCACAGCCUCCAGGUUGGGCAGCAAGACCAGUCGGAACGCGCUUACGACCCCAGCUGUGAAGGGAAACAAGCCAGUGUGGAGCGACACACCACUCAUUACACCCAAGUUUGAUCCAAGACUUCCCACGACUCCGAUGGUGCGAGAAGCGAAGGCUGGAGAGAGGCUGAUGUCCAUAUCAGGCAGUCCUGUUCUCAACAGGCCCAUGGCUGCUGCUGUCAAAGUUCCAGAGGCACUGAUACCUGUGGGAGAUGGCAAGGUGUUCCAGUGUAGCCAUGACGUGGAUCCAGACGAUGUAGAAAUCCCUGAUAUGGACGAGAAAACUAUUAGUAACAUACAGCUGCUACAGCAAAAACUGGCAGCUAUUCUGAAAAAGGCAAGACAGAACCAGACACAGAGCAGCAGCACCGAGUCAGACUAAGGAGAGAGUCGUGGUGUUUUGUAUAUUUUGUAUUUAUAUGGGGUAGUGUAAAGAUACAAAACUUAGGUUGCAACUACUGGUAUUAGAAAUUUCAGCUGUAUUUUAUCUGUGGUAUUUUGUUUCUAUGUCAGUUUUAAUUUUCUUUUAAAGUUCUUUCAUAUCGACUGCUACACUCUUGCCCUCUGAGAACUUUUUAAAGCUCUUAACGGGUCUAAACAGUGCAUCAUUUUUAUUUGCCUUGGGAUAGAUUCAGACACAUUAUAUUUUAUUCAGUAUUGGUGUAUGUACACUACUAGUAUGGCAACAGACAGACUUGUUAGAUUUUGCAUGGUUGUCUAGUACAGUAGACUGCAUGGUAUUUUGCAGCCAGCUAGCAAGGUAGGGUUCAGAAACAUGUCUGCAGAACAUAAUUAAAAAUUGGGUGUACAAGACAACUAAACCUAAUAAUGAGAUGCUCAUGUGUCUUAAAUCUAUGUAGAGUCAUAAAUCCUUUGUCUUUUGUAUGGUUGUUGUCAUCAAUGUUGACCUGAUGAUUUGGGUUGAAUAUUGAUUUCAAAAAUGCUGUCACCAUAUCAUAUGCAGGAAGGUGAUGAUAUCAGUUUGCUAAAAAAAACUUCGAAAUAAGUGGGGGAAAACUGCACUACACGUAUUAAGUCAUGCUGGAUAGUUGUAGUUUCUUCUUUGUCUACAUACUUUAGGCAUUAUAGAUGAUCACCUGUCAUUGUAUUCUAUUCUUGAUUUGGGGUCUUUUUAUUGUUUUAUCUGUCAGCAAAAUUCACAAUGCUCUAAUCAGAUGUAGAACAUCUGCUAUUAUCUUAAAGUUGAUUUCAAUAAGAAAUAAACAUUGCAUGGCAAGGAAGUUGUGCUUUCUUCAAUAUGGCAAUGUACAUAGAGAGUCCAUAUUCUAUACCCAUUCUGUAGUACUGUUGACAGUUUCUAAAAUAGAACAAUUAAUGCUGU